AUGGAUAGGAUAAACCUAACACUUUUCCUUGCUAUCUUCCUGUGUUUUUUGAGCUUUGCUGCAGGACAAAGUGCCUCAAAUGUUCGAGCCACAUACCAUUUCUAUAAUCCUGCACAAAAUGGAUGGAAUCUGAAUGCAGUUAGUGCAUAUUGUUCAACAUGGGAUGCCAAUAAACCCCUGGCAUGGAGGAAAAAAUAUGGAUGGACAGCUUUUUGUGGACCGGUUGGACCUCAUGGACAAGCUGCUUGUGGGAGGUGCUUAAGGGUCACAAAUAGGGCAACAGGAGCUCAAGUUACUGCAAGAAUCGUUGAUCAAUGCAGCAACGGAGGGCUAGAUUUGGAUGCUGCUGUCUUUAAAAGACUUGAUACUGAUGGAAGGGGCAAUGCUCAAGGUCACUUGAUGGUCAACUACCAAUUUGUGCCAUGUUGA